CACAUCUAUUCCUUGCAAACCAGCAACGAUUCGUUCGAUCCGCGACGAUGGCCGCGAGUGUGAACGGCCAUGCUAAUGGCUUGUUCUACCCGUACCCUACGACUCUGGAGCUCGAGGACAAACCAAUUGAUGAGAUUCGGCAACUCAAAGUCGCUGUCAUUGGAGCUGGGUUGUCGGGUAUCACGGCUGGGAUUCUUUUGCCUGCAAAAGUGCCCGGGAUUCAGGUUACGAUUCUUGAGAAGAAUGCGGAUGUCGGUGGCACCUGGUUUGAGAACAUCUACCCUGGAGUGAGAUGCGACGUUGCGGCGCACACUUACCAAUCAACCUUCUCUCCAAACACGCAGUGGAGUGAGGAGUACGCGCAAGGGCCCGAGAUUCUAAAGUACUGGCAAGACGUCGCCCGCAAGUACGAUGUCUACUCAAAGAUCCGAUUCAAUACGAAAGUAAUGGGUGCGUAUUGGGAGCCUGACGAAGCGAAGUGGCGGAUAGACACCAUCACGAGCGACUCGAACGAAAAGUCGAGUGCGAAGUUCGAUUUCCUCGUCACCUGCCAUGGAUUAUUCAAUGCGUGGAAACUUCCCGAUUAUCCUGGCAUCGAGCUGUACAAGGGCAAACUCAUGCACUCAUCGAAUUGGGAUCCGUCUUUCGACCCGAAAGGUAAACGUAUUGCGACGAUCGGAAACGGCGCGUCUGGCCUUCAAGUGACGCCCGAGGUCCGUAAGGUCGCUGCCCAUGUCGACCACUACGCUCGAAGCCGUACCUGGAUUGCGGGUAAUUUUGGCGCAGGCCCACCUCGCCAGGACAAGCCCAUCACUUUCUCCAAGGAGCAACUGGAGGAGUUCAAAGAUCCGGAGAGCUAUCUCAAGUUUCGAAAAGAGCGGGAAGAAGGAUUCUGGCGAAACUACGAUGCACAACUGGCCGACACCGAAGCCAGUCAGAAGAUGAGAGGAAACUUCAUUGAGCUGAUGAAGAAUCGACUCGAACAUCCCGAGCUACUAGACGAUCUAAUACCCGACUUUCCGCCGCUCUGUAGACGGCUCACUCCGGGACCGGGUUAUCUUGAAGCAUUGUCCAAGCCGAAUCUGACAUUUAUCCAAACUCCGAUAGAGCGAUUUACUGAGGACGGCAUUGUCACGAUGGAUGGCGUCCAUCGACCUGUGGAGGCGAUCAUCUGUUCUACGGGUGCCAAUACAGACUUCGCUCCGGCAUACCCCAUUGUCUCUGGCUCUUACGAUCUCUCCCGAGACUGGAAGCCGGGCGAACACAGCGCAUAUGGCUUCCCCUACACAUAUAUCGGCAUGACGACACCGCACUUUCCCAACCUGGCAUUCGCACUGGGUCCAAAUCAGUCCGGCAAUACUGGAACACUAGUCUCGACGGUGGAGAUGGUCCUGACCUACGUGGCGAAGAUACUGCGCAAGAUCUCCUCGCAGGGCAUCAAGACCAUAACUCCCUCUCAAAAAGCAGCAGACGAGUUCCUCGAGUAUUGCGACACUUAUUUCCCUCGAAUGAACCUUAGCCGGAAUUGCAGCUCUUGGUCCAACGGCGGCGUAGCUGGCGCACGUAUCCAUGGACACUGGCCGGGUAGCGCUGCACACGUCAGACUCGUCAGGGCCGAGCCUCGCUGGGAGGACUUCGAGUAUACGUAUUACCGACCGGAAAAUCGCUUCGCAUAUUUUGGCAAUGGCAAGACGAAGAAGGAAUACUUGCCGGAGGCGGACAUGACGAAGUACCUCCGGCUGCCCGAGCAAGACUUACGAGACCUACACGAGAGAUGGUAUGAGUACUAGAGACUUUGCUAGAGAGCUGACAGAUCCCAAUGUCACAGUUCCUUUGUUUAUCCC